CUUGGGAAAACGCGCAUAGAAAAUACAAAUUCCACCCUUUCAAGUUUUCUUCUUCUCUCCUUCUCUCUUUGCUCUGUUUUUUCUCUGUUUGGGUCAAAAAAAUCCAUAAAACAGAGCACUUAACAAUAACCAAAUCAUUACCAAAAGUCAACAACAACAUGCAAUAGAAGUUAUAUUUAAAGGGUUUUUUUUCUUAUAAACAUGGUUGAUCCAACUUCAUUUUCAUAUCUUUAAUUAAAUUGACAGCUUCUUUUUGUUUUUGCCCUUAAGUUAUCAAAUUGAGUGAAAAUAAAAAACAGAGACAGCAAAUGAAAAACGAAGAACAAGCACGUUUCUUGUUUGGGAUUUCACUCUCGGAUUUGCCUAAAUGGAAACAGUUUCUUAUUUGUUCUUCUGGGUUCUUCUUUGGUUACCUUGUUAAUGGCGUUUGUGAGGAAUAUGUAUACAACAGACUCCAGUUCAGCUAUGGGUGGUACUUCACAUUUGUUCAAGGAUUUGUAUAUCUCUUCCUAAUUUAUCUUCAAGGUUUCACCCCAAAACAAAUGGUGAAUCCAUGGAAGACUUAUGUGAAACUCUCUGCAGUUCUUAUGGGUUCUCAUGGGCUCACAAAAGGGUCUUUGGCUUUUCUCAAUUACCCUGCUCAGCUCAUGUUCAAAUCCACCAAGGUUCUACCAGUGAUGGUAAUGGGUGCUUUCAUACCAGGUUUAAGACGAAAAUACCCAGCACAUGAAUAUAUUUCAGCAAUUCUUUUAGUAGUGGGAUUGAUUCUCUUCACUUUAGCCGAUGCUCAAACAUCCCCAAAUUUCAGUGUCGUCGGCGUAGUGAUGGUCACCGGUGCUCUGGUAAUGGAUUCCUUUCUCGGCAAUUUGCAAGAAGCUAUCUUUACGUUAAACCCAGAAACGACACAGAUGGAAAUGCUUUUUUGCUCGACGGUGGUUGGUUUGCCGUUCUUGAUUCCGCCCAUGGUUUUAACGGGAGAGCUGUUCAAGGCAUGGAAUUCAUGUUCACAGCAUUUGUACGUGUAUGGCGUGCUGGUGUUUGAAGCAAUGGCCACAUUCAUUGGACAAGUUUCAGUCCUUUCCCUCAUUGCCAUUUUUGGUGCAGCCACCACAGCAAUGGUCACAACUGCAAGAAAGGCAGUGACAUUGCUGUUAUCAUACUUGAUAUUCACCAAGCCAUUGACUGAGCAACAUGGGACUGGGCUUUUGCUUAUAGCCAUGGGGAUCACUUUGAAACUCUUGCCGAUGCCGGUCGAUAGCAAACCAGGUUAUAAACGAGUGUCGAGUUCUGUUGCAAGUGAAGAAACGAGGAAUGGACUAGAAGUCGAAGAAAAAAAUAACCUGGUUUAAAACUUUAUUGUUGCGGCCAAGGUGUUGUUCUUUGUAUUAUGUUCAAAUUUGAAAUUCAGUUUUUUUUUUUUAUACUUUGAUUUGGUAUAAUUUGUUUUCUUUAGUUUUAUAAUGUUAUUAGUUCGUUUAAAUAGUUAACACUAUAAUUUUUUUCCGGUUGAAAUUUUGGCGUGGAUCAAAUUAUUCAAAAUAAGGAUGAAAUUAUGUCAAAAUGAAGUACAUGGAUUUAAUUUCUAA